AUGGCAGAUGAGAAAGCGCAGGCCGCCCUGGCGGGCGAUCCGCAAGAAGCCGAGGCAAUUUCGACGGCCCUGUUCCCCGCGGGGUCUCGCGCAGCCUGCGAGGCGGACAAGCUGCUUGUGGGAUUCAUCAAGACGGUGAUUGGGCAUACCGAGGGCGCAGCCGGCGUGGCGAGCCUCAUCGCCGUGUCGUUGGCGCCCAGGCAUGGCGUCGUCCCGCCCAACCUGCAUUUCCACAAUCUGAACCCAAAUGCCGCCCCCUUCUUCAAACAUCUGAGCAUAGCGGCUGCUCUGACGGCUUGGCUGGUCAAGGAGGGCCAAGUGAAAAGGGCGAGUGUGAAUAGUUUCGGCUUUGGCGGCACCAAUGCGCACUGCAUUGUGGAAGAAUAUAUUCCGGCCAUCAGCGAGCCACUGGAGUUGCCGCCACGGCCGCUCUUCACGCGCUCCACGUUUGCCUUCCGAGCCGCCAUUGCUGCGCCGACGGCCGAACACGCCCCGUCUCGGCCUGUAAAGAUCCUCGGCGUCUUCACCGUGAAGGGGGCGCAGUGGCCGCGCAUGGGCGCUCGGCUCAUCGAGACCUCUCCAUUCGCCGCAUCCCGCAUCGCCGAGCUCGACGCUGCUUUGCGCGGUCUCCCCGUGGCCUCGAGCCAACCGACAUGGCGCCUCAAGGACCAGCUCCUGGCGGACAGCGAGAUGUCGCGCUUCUCCGAGGCCGCGCUUUCUCAGCCCCUCUGCACAGCGGUGCAAAUCGUCUUGGUCGAUAUCCUGCGCGCGGCCGGCAUCAGCUUGACAGCCGUCGUGGGCCACUCGCCAGGUGGAAUCCGGGCGGCCUACGCGGCUGGUCUCGUCUCGGCACGCGAUGCCGUCAGGAUUGCCUACUUGCGCGGUCUCCAUGCUCGACUUGCAUCCAGCCCCAGGCCGCACGCUCCUCGUGGCGCUAUGCUGGCCGUCGGCGCCUCGGCAGAUGCUGCACGAACCUUUUGUUGCGAGGACAGGUUUGCAGGCCGGCUCCAGGUCGCAGCCGUUAACUCCGGCUCAAGCAUUACCCUGAGCGGCGACGAGGAUGCCGUGUGUGAAGCCGAGGGGGUGUUCAAAAGCCGAGGCAUGUUUGCCCGAAGGUAA